AUGAGCGCGGUGAACAUCACCAACGUGGCGGUGCUGGACAACCCCACCGCCUUCCUCAACCCCUUCCAGUUCGAGAUCUCCUACGAGUGCCUCGUGCCCCUCGACGAUGAUGAUAAGCGAUAUUCGCCUGAGCCUAUACCUCAGCACACAGAAAACCAAUUUGAAGAGGAAGAUGGAUCCUUCUCUCCACAGCUAAUGCAUGGCAAUGAAGAUGAAGAUGCAAUUGAUCCUGAAGAGGACAAAGCUGAGCUGGACCGAAAACGUGAAGCUAUAGUUUUGGAGCAUCAAAGGAAAGUUGAGGAAGCCAUGAAAGCAAAGGCAAGAGUACCUGAUGAGAUGGAGAUGAAGGCCAUAAAAAUGAUGGGAGCUAUGGAGGAAGGAGAUGCAGUAUUUGGUGCCGGUGCUGAAGUGAACCUUGAUUCACAGGUUUGGAUGAUUUUCCUUUGA